GGCGACGGCGGCGGAGCGGUGGGUCGGUAUCUGCGCGCUGUGUCUGAGGCCCAGGCUGAGGCCUCCGCGGUUGCAGGAGUGCAAGCGGUGGAGAGGAUGACUGCUGCUGCUGUUCUCUCCUGAGCCGUCGCCACCUCCUCUUUCCCCCGGCAGGGCGGAGAGGAGCGGCCGGAGUCUGAGCGAUGGUGCCUGGAGAGGAGAACCAACUGGUCCCGAAAGAGGAUGUGUUUUGGAGAUGCAGACAAAAUAUCUUUGAUGAAAUGAAGAAGAAAUUUUUACAGGUAGACUGCUGAUGUAAUUGCUUUAGUGUGAUAAUCAGCAGAGCAAGUAACAGCAUAUAGAAAAUGCUGCUGAAGAACCUAGAGUCUUAUGUAUAAUACAAGAUACUACUAAUUCAAAGACAGUGAAUGAACGAAUCACUUUAAAUUUGCCAGCUUCUACUCCACUCAGAAAGCUCUUUGAAGAUGUGGCCAACAAAGUAGGCUACAUAAAUGGAACCUUCGAUUUGGUGUGGGGAAAUGGAAUCAAUACUGCUGAUAUGGCUCCACUAGAUCAUACCAGUGACAAGUCUCUUCUUGAUGCUAAUUUUGAGCCAGGAAAGAAGAAUUUUCUGCAUUUGACAGAUAAAGAUGGUGAACAGCCUCAAAUACUGCUGGAGGAUUCCAGCGCUGGGGAUGACAGUGUCCAAGACAGAUUUAUAGGUCCGCUUCCAAGAGAAGGUUCUGUGGGCUCUACCAGUGAUUAUGUCAGCCAAAGCUACUCUUAUUCAUCUAUUUUGAAUAAAUCAGAAACUGGAUAUGUGGGAUUAGUAAACCAAGCAAUGACUUGCUAUUUGAAUAGCCUUUUGCAAACACUUUUUAUGACUCCUGAAUUUAGGAAUGCAUUAUAUAAGUGGGAGUUUGAAGAAUCUGAAGAAGAUCCAGUGACAAGUAUCCCAUACCAACUACAAAGACUUUUUGUUUUAUUACAAACCAGCAAAAAGAGAGCAAUUGAAACCACAGAUGUUACAAGGAGCUUUGGAUGGGAUAGUAGUGAGGCUUGGCAGCAGCAUGAUGUACAAGAACUGUGCAGAGUUAUGUUUGAUGCUUUGGAACAGAAAUGGAAACAAACAGAACAGGCUGAUCUUAUAAAUGAGCUAUAUCAAGGCAAGCUGAAGGACUACGUGAGAUGUCUGGAAUGUGGUUAUGAGGGCUGGAGAAUCGACACAUAUCUUGAUAUUCCAUUGGUCAUCCGACCUUAUGGGUCCAGCCAAGCAUUUGCUAGUGUGGAAGAAGCAUUGCAUGCAUUUAUUCAGCCAGAAAUCCUGGAUGGCCCAAAUCAAUAUUUUUGUGAACGUUGUAAGAAGAAGUGUGAUGCACGAAAGGGCCUUCGGUUUUUGCAUUUUCCUUAUCUGCUGACCUUACAGUUGAAAAGAUUUGAUUUUGAUUAUACAACCAUGCACAGGAUUAAAUUGAAUGAUCGGAUGACAUUUCCUGAAGAGCUAGAUAUGAGUACAUUUAUUGAUGUUGAAGAUGAGAAAUCUCCGCAGACUGAAAGUUGCACUGAUAGUGGAGCAGAAAAUGAAGGUAGUUGUCACAGUGAUCAGAUGAGCAAUGACUUCUCCAAUGAUGAUGGCGUUGACGAAGGGAUCUGCCUUGAAAGCAAUAGUGGGACUGAAAAGAUUUCAAAACCUGGUCUUGAAAAGAAUUCCUUGAUCUAUGAGCUCUUCUCCGUUAUGGUUCAUUCAGGGAGUGCUGCUGGUGGUCAUUAUUAUGCUUGUAUAAAGUCAUUCAGUGAUGAUCAGUGGUACAGCUUCAAUGAUCAACACGUCAGCAGGAUAACACAAGAGGACAUUAAGAAAACACAUGGUGGAUCUUCAGGAAGCAGAGGGUAUUACUCCAGUGCUUUUGCAAGCUCCACAAAUGCAUAUAUGCUGAUAUAUAGACUGAAGGAUCCAGCAAGAAAUGCAAAAUUUCUAGAAGUAGAUGAAUAUCCAGAACAUAUUAAAAAUUUGGUGCAGAGAGAAAGAGAACUGGAAGAACAAGAAAAGAGGCAACGAGAAAUUGAACGCAACACAUGCAAGAUAAAAUUAUUCUGUUUGCAUCCUGUGAAACAAGUAAUGAUGGAAAAUAAAUUGGAGGUUCAUAAGGAUAAGACAUUAAAGGAAGCAGUAGAAGUGGCUUACAAGAUGAUGGAUUUAGAAGAGGUAAUACCCCUGGAUUGUUGUCGCCUUGUUAAAUAUGAUGAGUUUCAUGAUUAUCUUGAACGAUCGUAUGAAGGAGAAGAAGAUACACCAAUGGGACUUCUACUAGGUGGAGUGAAGUCAACAUAUAUGUUUGAUCUGCUGUUGGAGACAAGAAAACCUGAUCAAGUUUUUCAGUCUUAUAAACCUGGAGAAGUGAUGGUGAAAGUUCAUGUUGUUGAUCUAAAGGCAGAAUCUGUAGCUGCUCCUAUCACUGUUCGUGCUUACUUAAAUCAAACAGUUACAGAGUUCAAACAACUUAUUUCAAAGGCUAUCCAUUUACCUGCUGAAACAAUGAGAAUAGUGCUGGAACGCUGCUACAAUGAUUUGCGUCUUCUCACUGUGCCCAGUAAAACCCUGAAAGCUGAAGGUUUUUUUAGAAGUAACAAGGUAUUUGUUGAAAGUUCUGAGACUUUGGAUUACCAGAUGGCCUUUACAGACUCUCAUUUGUGGAAACUCCUGGAUCGGCAUGCAAAUACUAUCAGAUUAUUUGUUUUGUUACCUGAACAAUCCCCAGGAUCUUAUUCCAAAAGGACAGCAUACCAGAAAGCUGGGGGUGAUUCUGGUAAUGUGGAUGAUGAUUGUGAAAGAGUGAAAGGACCUGUGGGGAGCCUAAAGUCUGUGGAAGCUAUUCUAGAAGAAAGCACUGAGAAACUCAAAAGCUUGUCACUGCAGCAGCAGCAAGAUGGAGAUAAUGGGGACAGCAGCAAAAGUACUGAGACAAGUGACUUUGAAAACAUUGAAUCACCUCUCAAUGAGAGAGACUCUUCAGCAUCAGUGGAUAAUAGAGAACUUGAACAGCAUAUUCAGACUUCUGAUCCUGAAAAUUUUCAGUCUGAAGAACGAUCAGACUCAGAUGUGAAUAAUGACAGGAGUACAAGUUCAGUGGACAGUGAUAUUCUUAGUUCCAGUCAUAGCAGUGACACUUUGUGCAAUGCAGAUAAUGCUCAAAUCCCUUUGGCUAACGGCCUUGACACUCACAGCAUCACGAGUAGUAGAAGAACUAAAGCAAAUGAAGGGAAAAAAGAGACAUGGGAUACAGCAGAAGAAGACUCUGGAACUGACAGUGAAUAUGACGAGAGUGGCAAGAGCAGGGGAGAAAUACAGUACAUGUACUUCAAAGCAGAACCGUAUGCUGCAGAUGAAGGUUCUGGGGAAGGACAUAAAUGGUUGAUGGUGCAUGUUGAUAAAAGAAUUACUCUGGCUGCUUUCAAGCAACAUUUAGAGCCCUUUGUUGGAGUUCUGUCCUCUCACUUCAAGGUCUUUCGAGUAUAUGCCAGCAAUCAAGAGUUUGAGAGCGUUCGACUGAAUGAGACACUUUCAUCAUUUUCAGAUGACAAUAAGAUUACAAUUAGACUGGGGAGAGCACUUAAAAAAGGAGAAUACAGAGUUAAAGUGUACCAGCUCCUAAUCAAUGAACAAGAGCCAUGCAAGUUUCUGCUAGAUGCUGUGUUUGCAAAAGGAAUGACUGUACGGCAAUCAAAAGAGGAAUUAAUUCCACAACUCAGGGAGCAAUGUGGUUUAGAGCUCAGUAUUGACAGGUUUCGUCUAAGGAAAAAAACAUGGAAGAAUCCUGGCACUGUCUUUUUGGAUUACCAUAUUUAUGAAGAAGAUAUUAAUAUUUCCAGCAACUGGGAGGUUUUCCUUGAAGUUCUUGAUGGGGUGGAGAAGAUGAAGUCCAUGUCUCAGCUGGCAGUUUUGUCACGACGGUGGAGGCCCUCUGAGAUGAAGCUGGAUCUCUUCCAGGAGGUCGUGUUGGAAAGCAGUAGUGUUGAUGAGUUGCGAGAGAAGCUUUGUGAAAUCAGUGGAAUUCCUUUGGAAGAUAUUGAAUUUGCCAAGGGUAGAGGAACUUUUCCUUGUGAUAUUUCUGUCCUUGAUAUUCAUCAGGAUUUGGACUGGAAUCCUAAAGUUUCUACCCUGAAUGUCUGGCCUCUUUAUAUCUGUGAUGAUGGUGCAGUCAUAUUUUAUAGGGAUAAAACAGAAGAAUUAAUGGAGUUGACAGAGGAGCAAAGAAAUGAACUGAUGAAAAAAGAAAGCAGUCGGCUUCAGAAGACAGGACAUCGUGUAACGUACUCACCUCGAAAAGAGAAAGCACUAAAAAUAUAUCUGGAUGGAGCACCAAAUAAAGAUCUGACUCAAGACUGACUCUGCUAGUGUAGCAUCUUCCCUGGGGGAUUUUGGUUUUAAUUAGACGGUUCACUGCUACUGUGUAGUGCCAUUAUGGCCGGACGUGGUUAGGGAUAACCCCGUGACACCAGCACUGAUUGGACUGCCCUUCACCAAUCAGAAGCUCAGUGCCCAGUGGGCCACUGUUUUGACUUGGAAUCAUGUUGUGCACUAUAGUGAAAUGUACUGUAAAGUGAAAAGGGAUGUGCAAAAAAAUAAAAACAGAAAGCAAAACCUGCUACUAGACAAGGGAAGGGGAAUGAGUAAACGUCUUUUUUGCGGACAAAUGUGCACAUAGCCGCUAGUAAAACUAGCCUCAAACAGGAUGCUCAUAGCUUAAUAAUAAAAGCUGUGCAAAGGCCAUGAAUGAAUGAAUUUUCUGUUUAUUUCACGGAUACACACAUUACCUCAUUGACAAUUCGUAAGUAAAUGCAACGUGUGUUGACUCUUGGAAAGCAGCAAAAAUAGGAGCUGAAGAAAGAAAUUCUUAGAACCAGCCAUAACCCAGUAAAAAUUGUGAAGUUGUUUCUUUUGUUUCAUUUUUUGCGGAGUAUAAAGACCAUUAUUCUGGAACAUCAAAACAUAUCCCUUAGACUGCUCCCAGCAGAUGGCAGCUCAAAUUGCUGAAUAUUGUAAUUAUAACUGUACUUAAGUUAUGGAUGUAGAGAAUACGUUUCACUCGUUCAUUCAGCAUGUAAAUAUAAUUGAUCCUAUUGAUUAUAAU